AUGGUCGAGAUCAAUUUCCAACUAGUUUUUACGCUUUUUUCGCUGGCACUGACGCUUUUCUUGGCCGCUCUCGAUAUUGUCAUCGUCAUUACGUUGUAUGAGACAAUAGGAAGAAAAUACAACGACUAUGCGAGUAUUGGAUGGUUAGUUUCGGGGUACGCAUUGCCCAGUGCCUUAUUCACGUUGUUGUGGGGUCGUAUUGCUGCCAUUUUUGGAUUGAAAACAAGUCUGACAGCAUCUAUCAUUAUUUUUGAAAUAGGCUCUUUGGUGGUGGCUGUUUCCAACUCGAUGGGCAUGCUUAUUGGAGGAAGAGUGGUUGCUGGCUGCGGAGGCAGCGGCAUACAGUCUUUGGUGUUUGUAGUUGCGACUUCUCUGGUCCAGGAACGGAACCGAGGCCUCGUGAUCAUGAUUCUCGGAGCUGCUUUCGCAGUUGCAUUCGCAAUCGGUCCGGUGCUUGGCGGUGCUUUCACGGAAAACGUUACGUGGAGAUGGUGUUUUUUCAUUAACUUGCCCAUUGGUGGUCUGGCGUUGUUUCUACUGCUUUUCAGCUAUAACCCAGGAGAAACGUUUUGGGUAGACUCUUUGAAAGCGCAAGCCAAAACAGUGAAGAAUCUUCCAUACAAGCAGGUGUUUACGAAGAAAAUGUGGCACCGAGCUUUCCUUUUCGCUGCUUUCGAACUAGAUUUUAUUGGCUUCGCUCUUUCGUCCUCGGGGUUCGUUCUCUUGCUGCUUGGAAUCACUUUUGGAGGGAACGAGUAUUCAUGGAAAUCAGGUACCAUCAUUGCGUACUUGACAGUGGGCGGCUUUUUAGUCCUUUUCUGGGUGUUGUUUGACUGCGUGAUCCUUUAUUACUGGGCGUCCCUUCAUCAAGCUACGCAACCAGUUCCAUUGCUGAGGAAGGAACUGUUUUUCCUCCCGGGGAUUGCAACAAGCGCUCUGGUGGUCUUUUUUGGCUGCCUAGCAUUCAACAUGCAGUCUGUGUACGUUGUCCAGUUUUACCAGCUGGUGCAUAACAACGGGCCAACAUCCGCCAGUAUGCAUUUGUGGGCCUUUUUGGUGGCCACCAUGAUCAGCAUUGUCAUCAUCGGCAAAACAAGCUCGACUUUUGGACAAAUCAAGCCAGUGAUCGUGGUGGGCGUGACGCUGGGUUUUAUAGGUGCGGGUCUUAUGACUUUAUUGAAGACCACAAGUACUCUCGGAGACACGAUAGGCUAUUGUAUUUUGCCGGGCGCUGCGUUUGGGUGCAUCUUGCAAGGAACGUUGCUAAGCACCCAGGUGCAAAUCGACAGAGACUCGACCGACUUCCACACAUUAUUCAUUGAGGCAACCGCAGUCAACACCUUUUUCAAGUCUCUCGGGAUGGCUUUUGGCGGAAUUAUGGCAACAAUGAUAUUCACGAACUCGGUUAAAAACGAUCUAAAGCAUGCUGGAGCAGGAAUACCACCUUUCAGCAACAUCGAAGCGCUGAUUGCUUACCGUGCGCAAAACUACGAUGGCUUGAACUCGGCUCUUUCCAAGACAUUCGCCAAGGGUGUUCAAAAUGUGAUGUAUGCUGCUCUAGGCUCCUAUGCUAUAGCAUUCAUCUCAGGUCUUUUCACAUCACAUAAAAGGCUGGUCUUACAAUCAAAAGGAGACGACCUGGAGCAUUCGUCGGCAGAUAACACUGUUCACGAAAAGACGAGUUCUAGCCCACAUUCAAAGGAUAGCCAUUCAGUGGCAGGUGAGAAAGCACGGCUGUCGCUUGGAUCAAAGAUACUAAUGGCCUUGAAUCAUAAAAGAAGUUCAAGAACACCAGAAGAUCACAGAAAGAAAAAAAAGCACCAACAUGAAUGGGGGACCAAAAUAACACCAUCAAUUCGGGAUUCGUGCAGCCAUGAUGGAAUAAUUGGUAUGAAUGAUUAA